UUGUAAAAGUACAAAAUUUAACAUUUUUGAUUUUUAGUUGAUAUAUUCAUAUUGCUGGCCCUGGUCAAUGGCCCAUCGUUUUCAAAGAAGUGAAAGUGAAUCUGGUGCUAACAAAAUUGAUAACAAUAGAUUGCAAGAAUUCAGGGAAUCUUCAUUUUCAGCAAGUUCACAAAUUCAUCCUAUUUCACACUCAAGAUCUGCAAGUUGGUCAAACACUGCUUGGCUUGGCAGCAACUCCUCUUCACAGGAUUCAAUGGCUGCUAUAUUUUCACCAAUACGUGUUAUACAAGGCAUUGUACCAACAUUGACAGACACGGUGUCUGGGUCCUCCACAACUGCAAAUCCCCAGAGAGUGCCUGGAUCACCGGUGAACGGUAACCGAACCCUGCAAUCAUUAAGUUCUCCAGCUGUUGAUACAAAUAGGAUAAAUAAUUCCAAUAACCAUGUGAGGAGUAGAAGCGAUGUUAGCUCUAGACAUUCAAGGCAAUCCAGUGCAGUUGAGAUUGAUAUGAAUGAUAUAGAACAGGUGGCCUCGACAACAACUCCUGAUAAUAGUGGUACAAGGACUCAAGACCAAAUGGAAUUCUUCGGAACUAUAUCUUGGAUGGAAAAAGCUUUGCCUUUUAUAUUAUUGCUUUUAAGCAGAAUUAUGUGGGAUCAUAGACUUGGUAUUUUAGUCUUUAUUGGCCUUUUUGGAACCUUCUUUCAUGUAAACGGUACCAUUAAAAAACAAGUUGCACUAAAGGAACACCGUUUGAAUCGAAUUGCUCUAGCAAUAUUUAUGUUUCUAUUUGCAAAUAUAUUUUUUAUAUAUUUUGCGUUUAGCACUCAUGAAUUAUACAAAUGCUUACUACUUAACAAACCAAAUUUUGUCAAGAUGGACCUAUGGACUGUCUUCUGGUGUGUUGGAAUUACAGAUUUUGUUGUACGCUUUGUUACAAUAGGAUUAAAAUGUGUUAUAAUCAUUAUGCCAAGAAGGCUGGUUCACUUCAGAAAGCGAGGAAAAUAUUUUCUCAUGCUAGAAAAUUUAUCUCAAUUUUAUCGAAUGCUGCUGCCAAUCCCUCAAUGGUAUUUUUAUUUUACGGAUUACGAUUUGGGUGGACAAUAUUUUGCUAUCCUCUCUACUGCAUUAUAUCUGUUACUAAAGGCUCGAAUGUUGCUUCUAAAGGGCAAAGAUAUAAUAGCUGUCAUCAAAUGCUUUUGGAAGGAUACACGCUAUGGAAGAGCACCUUCUAAAGAAGUGUUGACUGAGUUGGGAGAUUCAUGUCCGAUUUGUCAAGAGGCAAUGUCCGAACCUAUUGAACUGAAUAUGUGUAAGCAUAUAUUUUGUGAAGACUGUAUAGUGAUGUGGUUUGAUCGUGAAAGAACGUGCCCAAUGUGUCGAGCUAAAGUUGCGGAGGAUCCACUAUGGAGGGAUGGGAGUACACAAAGUUUUAUUCAACUUUUUUGAAAUUAUUCUUUUCUUCAAACUUGCUUCAUGUCUGUAAAAGGAACGUUUUUAUGUUGUGUUAUUUCGAAUGUAUUUCGUUUGAACAUGCAAACCAAAAUUGACUUUUCUCGUGUUUUGGCGCGAAAAAGGGUUUUGGUAGGAGGUAAUUGUUUUUUUGAGUAAAUUUGUAAUUUUUACUAACUAACAUACAAACAAAAGUAAAAAGAAUUUUCAAUUGGAACCUGAUACUUCUUAAUAGUCAGGUUAUCAGAUCCUCGAUCGUUGUUUUUAAAAUUGUUAGUAUUACUUUAUUUAAAGUAAAUUUUAUUUAGUUAAACAAAAAAUUAAAUAUUUUUACAUUUACUUCGGCUGGCUUUAUAAAAUCCUUAACGACUGCAUUUUUUAUCAGGUCUGUAUUAAAGAAUGUAGGAGAUCACACAAAAUGCAUAACACUUUUGAAGUUUUUUUUGUCACUUUUGUUAUAGGAUUCUUGCAAAAAAAAUGGCGUUGUGUCACUUUCUUUAUUUCACUUGUGUAUUUUACACGCUUGAUGUUUAACCAUAAAAACAAACAAACAAGCAAACAAAAUAUAGCGAUGAGAAAUUUGUUCACAAAAGUAUGUUUAUGAAAUGUGCAACAACUUUAUGUAUUUAAAAUACAGCCUGUUUGUUCCUAAAUUUGUCAAUUUGUAGAUAAUUUUUUCUUCAAUGUUUGUGCGGUUGGUGCAGAAAUAUUAGUUAGUUUACGAAACAAGAACAGGGAGUUUCUACAACAGUGUUGUCAAUAACAUUACAUGAUUUGAUUACAAAAAAGUAAAGCGAAAACGUAAAGUAAAGUCAAACAAAUAUGGCUACCGUCGGAAUUGCGAAUAAAGUGAAACUGGCAGAAAUUUUAAACAAACGUUAAGUACAAAAUUUAGGAGAAAUACUUUUACUUCCUCGCUUUUUCUGCAUACUUUUAUCAGUAGUAUUUUCAUACGACAUUUUUACUUCAUUAAGAUAUUAUAUACCCAACCUCAAAACCUUAUUCUUUAAGUCCAAAGAAAAACGGCUACUUUGUUUUUCUUAAUUUAAAUAUUAUUAUGUCGUGACUAGGCUACGUUUUGACAGUCUGAUACGUUGAUGAUAGUUGUAGCUGUCUUCACAUAGCCUAGAAUACACUCGCUUGUUCAGAGUACAAUAAACACGCUUGUUUAUGACAUUAUUCAGAGAAAACACAGUAUAACCAAUUAAAAAGCAGUGUUAUAUUUAUUUGUUUCUGUUUUGCUCUAGGGUGAAAAAUGGGCUUUAAUAUACUAUUACUAAAAAGAGAGGUAUAUUUAUAGUUUUGCUUUUAAUUUAUUAUUAUUUUUUGUAAAUAUACGGAGUUGUGUUUGAGAAAUAUAUAAAAAUAACGAUGUAAAAAAGUCAGUAUUUUGUUCCUGAGAAGGUAGAAAUGGUUGUAGGUAGAAAGUACAGGACUAAAAAAGCGAAAUUUAGAGAUAAGCUUUCGCAAAAGACCAUGUUUUUUGCAAAUGGGGCGAAAAAAAUUUAAAAAGUUAAUACCUUUUAAAAAAAAUACGAACUGUAAUAAUUGAGUUUAAUUGAGAGACGCUGGAAGUUCCAUAACUUUUUCGCCCAUAUUUAAGACUUUCCUAGGUCUUCAGCUAAAACCUCCGUUACUCGUAUUGUUGAAAAUGAUUUUAAAAAGGCCUGCUAUUCCUUGUGAUAAAAUUGCAAUAAUCUUCUAAAAAUCCACAUAAAAGGUAUAUUUUAUUAAGGUGUUUUAUACUCCCUAAAAAAAACGUCAGUUUGUAAACCAAAAAAAAAUCCGAACUUAAUUUUCGCAAAUUUUUAUUUAGUUGAAAGUUUUUGUUUCUAAUCUGAAAUCUCAGGAGACCGAGGAAUAUACGAAUAAUUAAAAACAAAGGGAAAAACAAAAGAAAAUACUUGAUAGCAAUCGAAUGCUCGCAUUCGAAAAAAAUGUUUUGAUUAAAAUAAUUCAAACGUAGUGUAGAUGGUUUUUCUUUUGGAAAAGUUCCACUUAUUUGAAUAAAUAUUGCUUGAGGGACCAAAAAAAUGGUUCCACUUAUCGAAAGUUUCACUUAUCGAGGGUUCCACUUAUCCGAAUAAAAUAUAAGAGAGGUUUGUUAAUGCAAAUCCAAGGGACCGGGGGAUUUGGUUCCACUAAACGAAAGUUCCACUUAUCCGGGGUUCCACUUAUCGAGAGUAGACUGUAUGAUAAUAAUUGAAUUUCCGCGCCCGAAGGCGUAGGAAAUUCUUUACAACCGUAGUUUUUUUCUUUUGUAGCAUUUUUUGAGAAAAAAUCGACCCUGGGAUUUCACGUUCCUCUGAUUUUUGGCCACCUUAAAUGUCAUUUUAGGCCAAAAUUGGUCCAAAAAUUAAAACUACUUUAUUUUCCACAAAAUUUGGCACAGUUAACAAAAAAAGUAUACUGAACAUGAUGGUGACAUCAAAAUUUCGAUAUUUGGCCACCUAAAUGUCAUUUUAGGCACAAAAAUUGGUCCAAAAAUUAAAACUACUUUAUUUUCGACAAAAUUUCGCACAGAUCACAAAAAAAUAUGCCGGAACAUGAUGAUGACAUCAAAAUUUUGAUUUUUUGCCACCUAAAUGUCAUUUUAGGCACAAAAAUUGGUUCAAAAAUUUAAACUACUUUUUUUCGACAAAAUUUGGCACAGUUAAUAAAAAAAGUAUGCUGAACAUGAUGGUGGCAUCAAAAUUUUGAUUUUUUGCCACCUGAAAUGUCAUUUUAGGCCAAAAUUGGUCCAAAAAUUUAAACUACUUUAUUUUCGACAAAAUUUGGCACAGUUAAUAAAAAAAGUAUGCUGAACAUGAUGGUGCUAUCAAAAUUUUGUUUUUUUGUCAACUAAAUGCCGUUUAAGACCAUAAACGUUUCAAUCGGAAGACUUUCAACCAUGAAUGAUAGGCUAUAAUUUUUGUUCGCAAUUUCUUUAAAGUGUGAGUUUAUUAUGACACGUUUCGUUUUGUUUGCGUUUGUUGUAAGAUGUAAUGUCACUUGUGUGUUUUAUCUUCAGAGCUUCAAGCACCAAACCUCUUCGAAUGUUUGGCACGAUAACAACGAAUUAGCAGGUUGUCAUCAAAUAUUUUGGUAGCGAGCGGAAAUUCUUAGAGCCCCCAGGGCUUCUUGUUUAGAUAUUUUUAAGCAAAAUUUAAAGCGUGGUUUUUUAAUUGUUGUACGUACAAUUAAAAAACCACGAUAUUUAUUAUUUGUACUAAGCUGACUCAAAGUCGCGUAAGCAAAAGUAUAAAUAUUAGCGAAUAACAAAAACGAAUAAUAUUAUAAAAUGAUGAAUAAAUGUUGAUUAAAUCUACGAUCUAAUUUCGGUUAUUUAGAUUACAGAAGAAGCGCUUAUUUAAGGGGAGAGUUUAUCAAAGGGGGAGGAAAGGAGUUUACCUAUAUUGUUGUCUGUGUUUUUAUUAUUAUAAGCAAAAUUGACUUCAAACUUUUAGCCAAGCACACAGCAAGAAAUGAUAGAUAUUUAUUUCAUAAAAUUUGCGGAUUGCUCAUUCUUGUCCCCAGAGCUCUUUGAGAUUAAAUCCUCGAAAGUACUUUCUAGUUUAUUUCAAAGAGCUCUGGGAACGAGAAUGGGGGUUACUGAAAAAAAAGAAAAUGUAUACAACAUGUAAUAGAAAAUAAUGAACUGGCGGUGCAACAUCAAUGCUCGGACGUUUAUUCGAAGCGCCAUUUAUUUUGUUGCCAGCCCUUUAUUGAAGAUAGUCAAAUAUUGAGAGUGCGGAUGUGUCCCUUGAUGUUACCUAUUUGCAAAUUUCGUGACUUCAACCUUGUAAAAUGAUUGAAAAAAAUUUAUUGCGAGAACAAGUAAAUAUUAGCCAAUAUGAAAGUUUGCAUAAUACAAGAAAUAACACCAACUAAAACGGAAAUAAAUAUCUACUCAUUUGAAUUAAAAGUUCAACUAUAUUAUAUUUAGUAAAUAAAAACAAACAGUACAAAGUUUUCAUUAAAUAACAUUGUAAAUAAUAAACUUAAUAAGAUUUUAAUUAACUAGGAAAAAAAAAGAAAAUUAAUGAGAGAAAUAAUGACCUAACUAAAUGGCAAAAAGCGAUAGUAACGUUAUAUAUUUUCACGCAACAAAUCUGGUCCGUGUAUUAGUACAAUUUUAGGUUGUGUCUCUAUAUAAACUGAAUUGUGUGGACGAUCUCGGUGUAGUCUUUUUUAACUACAGACUCGCAUUACCACAAUAACCAUUCAAGAUGAAGUUUUUUAUUGCUGCUCUGUUAAUCGUUGGCAUUGUAUCAAGUGUGUUAACCGCACCAACAUAUGAAGAAAACGAAGUUGACAACAUGGUAAAUAAACGCUCGAAUUGUUGGGGACCCGGUUGUUCCUUCCCAGAUAGUUGUUGUCCAAGCGCUGCUGGUGACUUGUGUUGCAGUUCCGGUUGCUGCGCUGCUGGAUGCUGUUAACGAUUCAUAUUCGUUGUAAAACUUACGUUAAGAAAGUGUAUUAAUUAAUAA